AUGACUAUGCAAAAUGUAUGCAUCAGACACAUCUUGAUAGAAAAGGCAGAGUAUCACUCAGAUGAGCCUCCUAAAGGUAAAAAGGAGAAGCCAUCCCCAGAACACAAACCACCAUUUGAAAAGUCACCUUCAAAACACAAACCACCAUUUGAAAAGUCACCUCUAGAGCACAUACCACCUUUUAAAAAGCCACUUGUCAAGGGUAAUCCUCUACAUCUAGGGCACAUCUUGAUAGAAAAGAUGGAGGAUCUUUCAGAUCAACCUCCCAAAGGUAGGUGGGAGAAGCCACCUCUGGAAUAUAAACCACCCCAUGAACAAGAGCCUCCCAAAAGUAAAGGGAAGAGGCCAUCCCCAGAACAUAAACCACCCCAUGAACCAGAGUUUCCCAAGAAUAAGGGUGAGAAAUCAUCACCGGAGCACAAGCCACCGCGGAAGUUGAAGCCAUCCCAUAAACCGCCAUCAGCCAAGUGA